GGGCUGAUCACCUGGCGAGGGGGCGGGGGACUGCACCUGGGGACGCCAAGGAAACUUGCUCCUGGACUCGGUGCACUUUAUGAUUGGCCAUAACAGCAAAGUCUGCUUGUAAUAAGGAGUCCCUCUUCCUCUUUUUUUUCCCAUGAAAGUGAGUUUGCUUAAUCAGAGAUGGAGCAGACCGACUGCAAACCCUACCAGCCUCUGUCAAAGGUCAAGCAUGAAAUGGAUCUCGCGUAUACUAGCUCUUCUGAUGAGAGCGAAGAUGGGAGAAAACCACGACAAUCCUACAACUCCAGAGAAACUCUGCAUGAGUACAACCAGGAACUGCGGAUGAAUUACAACAGCCAGAGCAGAAAGAGAACAGAGGUGGAGAAAUCUACCCAAGAAUUGGAAUUCUGUGAAGCCCCUCACACUUUGUGUUCUGGCUACCAGACUGAUAUGCACAGCGUUUCCCGGCAUGGCUACCAGCUAGAGAUGGGCUCUGAUGUGGACACGGAGACUGAAGGUGCAGCCUCACCUGACCACGCACUGAGAAUGUGGAUAAGGGGUAUGAAAUCGGAGCAUAGUUCCUGUCUGUCCAGCCGGGCCAACUCUGCAUUGUCCUUGACUGACACUGACCAUGAAAGGAAGUCUGAUGGGGAGAAUGGUUUUAAAUUCUCUCCUGUUUGUUGUGACAUGGAGGUUCAAGCUGGGUCUACUCAAGUCUGGAACCCAGUCCUUGUCCCUAUUGAGUCCAUUUUCCUAAGAGAUGUCACUUUUUGA